GGAUGCUUCGAGAACAGUGUGAGCUUACGAACAACCACUCUUUCAUAUACUCGUCCAUGAACCGCGCUGCUUCACGAUAAGGAUCACUCACUAAGGAAAAGAAGCCGACUCCGCAUAAUCCCAUAUUUCUGUUCUCAACCCUCAUCUCGGCGAGUUCGCCCAUCCCUCUCGCCAAGUACUUGCAUAACCCCACCAUUCAAUCACCCGAGGACGUUCAAACCAACCGAAUCCAGAGCUACCAUCACGGGUGAUAAUAUUCGCGAACGACCGGGGAAAUCACAGGCAUUCGGGGAAUAGCAUGUCCUCACACGUCGUGGUCAUUGGACCCGGCGCAAGGCGCGCAACAGUCAAGGUAUCGCCGGGCACCUACCUUUCCGACGUCCUGCAGCAGGCGUGCAAGAGCCUCAACCUGCCGAGCGACAAGUAUGUUGCCAAACACAAGGCGAAACAGGUCGAUCUAUCUGUUCCCUUCCGCACCUCUGGCCUCAGCCCCGGGGCCAAGCUCGACCUCGUCCUUAAAUCCAACACACCCUCAGCGAUCCAAGUCGCCCUGCAGCUACCACAGCCCGAAGCCAAGGAUAUCCCCGGCGGUCGGUUAAUAAGGAAGUUCCCCAGUGACCUGACGCUAUGGCAACUUCUACGGCAGUUCGAGAGCGGCGAUGCGAGUGCAGGGAGGAAUAUCAAUAUCACUGCUCGAGGCGUGGCCCAGAUGUCCAACGAGACGGCGACCGCAGGCAGUGGACAGCUGUACUACGAAACCCCAGUGCUGAACAUCAUGGGAAGAGAGCUGUCAACCUUGGACGACUUUCAAAAGACUCUCUCGCAACUUGGAUAUAACUCGGGGAGUGUCCUCAUACGACUUGGCUACAAAGUGACGGAUCAAACGCUGUACGACACGUUGGAGCGCAUUGGACAGUAUUUCAAGGAUGUGGAGGAUACGUUACCAAAGCCAGCUUCUGCGACAGCGGCAACAAACACCCCCGUAGUAGAGGCGCCUACACAUGUACAGACAGUCGAUUCACCUAUGCCGGACGUUGCGCCCACCAGCCAGGAGCCCGAACCAACAGCACCUGCAACGACGCCAGCGCCGUCCAAUGAAGCGGACUCCGUCGAUAUGCCAGCUUCUGCGUCAAAGGACCCUUUUCAGCCUUCUCACGUGUAUUUGGCGCCGUCAAGUGACGUCCCAGCUGCCGCCAAGGCGCCAGUGCGUGAGGUGGACUACACGCCGACGAUCGCGCAUGCUCAGUUACACCAAGCUCGUUUACAGGAAAACUCCAGGAACAAGCGUUUGUUGUCAGACAAGGAACUUGAAGAAAAAGCGGCGGCUGAAGAAGCCAAGUUCGCCGCUGUGAAAACUGUCAGUGUCAAGGUCCGAUUCCCAGACAACACCAGCAGUGAAUGGGUGGUUGGGCACGGGGAGACGGGCGGCUUCAUAUAUGAGGCUGUCAGGCAUGUCAUGGCGGACCAGAGCCAGCCUUUCAAGCUCGUCAUCUCGGGUGGGCGGACGGUGAUCAAGGAUGACAGCAGCGCGAGCAACAGCCUCAUCAGAGCGUACAAACUGACUGGCAGGACGCUGGUGAACUUGGUCUGGGACGACAGCGUAUCCACUGAGGUGCGGAAGAAGCCCUUCCUCAAGUCCAGCGUGGCCAGUCAGGGCGAGUCCGUAAAGAUUCCCGAGGUGCCUGAGGUAGAGGAGGAAGAACCCGAGGCAGCGCCUAUUGUCGAGCCCAAGGAGGAGAAGAGCAAAGGCGAUGGCCUGGGCAAGAAGAUGCCCAAAUGGCUCAAGAUGGGCAAGAAGUAAUUACGUGUCGACUGGUCUUUCGCCCGUAGCGAGCAUGGAUGGUAGCAAGAGACACCGCAUAGCGCUGUUUAAUUCGACACUGAAAUUCACAAUCACGA